AUGGAUGGCGAUUGGGAGGAAGUUGGGCGUUUGCUCCUUCCGCCCCCUGGUGCAAAUGCAAUCGCCACACCAGGAAUCCCACCGGCAGUGGCCUUUGAUACUUCCCAAGAAUUGCUAUGGACGGGCAACGAACAGGGUCGAGUAUCGAGCUUCUAUAGCACCGAAUUAACGCGAUAUACCGCUUUCAAGGCUGGUGAUGGAGAGAUACAACAGCUAUUGCUCCAUGAUCGAGGGGUCAUAGCAUUGUGCGCGGGAAGUGUGCAUAUGGCACUGAGACGGGGACCGCCAAUAUGGCAUAUUCAGUAUGGCCGCCCAUAUAUGACCGAGCAAGCGAGGGAUGUCAUAGCUGAUGGAGGCACAUCCGAAAUACUAGUCGCAGGAGAGCAGGACCAGAUGUUUGUGAUUGAUGUGGAGAAAGGAAUAGUUAUCAAACAGAUGCCUACGAACGACUACUAUACGAAAAUGAAACGAUGCCGGUAUAUCUGCGCUGCUACUACCACUGGAUCUGUGAAUAUACUCGAUUCAGUAUCCUUUAAGAAGAUCAAGACAUGGAACGCCUACACAUCCAGAGUUAUUGAUAUGGACGCACAACACGACUUCAUUGUCACUUGUGGCAUUUCUGCGCGCAUGCAACAGGCGUACAUGUCAUUACAGCCAGAAGCUUUUGUGAAUGUUUUUGACUUGAAGAAUAUGAUAUCUAUGGCUCCAAUUCCAUUCCCAGCGGGUGGGGCAUUCGUGCGAAUGCACCCACGUAUGUCCACGACUAGUGUUGUGGCAUCCCAACAUGGUCAGAUACAGGUAGUGGACCUGAUGAAUGUGAACACUAACAACAUACGACAAGCGAAUCUUGCGCCGAAUGAAUAUCUUUCGACAAUGGAGAUUGCUCCUUCUGGGGAAGCUAUUCUACUGGGGGAUACAUCAGGUCAGGUUCAUCUUUGGGGAUCACCGUCCCGAAUACGGUUCGCGGAACUCAGCAAUCCCGUUGAGUUUGCGGAUCCAGAAGAGACGCACCCUGCACUCAACUGGAGUGUCGACACACCUCUCAGCAGUAUUGGAAUGCCGUACUAUCGCGAGCAGUUACUCUCGGCCUGGCCGAGUCAUAUGAUAUUCGAAAUUGGCGCACCGCCACAGAAAAUUGAUGCUCAAACUACCUCACAGCUCAAAGUGACCGAAUGGGGUGCAUGGGCUAGGAAGACUCGAAACGUUAAAAGGAAUCAGGUUGAAAAUACCAGGGCAGCAGAAAAGACGUCCACGAGUUUGCAAGCCCCAAAAUUUCUUAGCGAGAAAGCUCGAGAAUCCGCAAAUGAUGCUUCGGCAGAUCGACGUAUAAGCGAUGUUGCAGAUGCGAUUGGAGCUACAGAGCUAUCAAGCAUGAAGGCAGAAGUUCCAGUGAUGUACCGUAACGUGGAGAUCAAAUACAGUAAAUUUGGAGUCGAUGAUUUCGAUUUUGGGUUCUAUAACAAAACAAGCUAUUCUGGUCUUGAGAUACACAUAUCGAAUUCUUACGCCAACCCGCUGUUACAGCUUAUGCACUUCACUCCUCUGAUUCGUAACAGCGCGCUAAAGCACACGGCAAGUGCAUGCGUUAAUGAGCUGUGUCUGCUUUGCGAGCUCGGAUUUUUGUUCGAUAUGCUCGAAAAAGCUGAAGGGUCGAUUUGUCAAGCAACAAACAUGCUCAAGACUUUCAGUAAUCAUCCUGAAGCGGGCAAAUUGAGGCUCCUUGAAGAAGACGCUCCAGGAGCAUCCUUGACAGCAAUGUUGCAAGGGUUAAAUCGGUUCUUGCUCCAAAUCAUUGUCAACGAUUACCAGAGAGAGCCACCUCAUAAGCAUGAUUUGAACAAUGUCCUUGCUACUACCGCAGUCACAUCGUACCGCUGCUUGAAUUGUGGAAGUGAGCAGUCCCGCGCUGGAUCUACUUUUGUGACAGAACUUCUCUACGGUCCAAAAGUCGCUGUGCGAAAUCAACGACCACGCAACAUGACUUUUUGUGAAGUUUUGAAGUCGAGCGUAGAAAGAGUCGUCAAUACAAAGGGAUGGUGUAUCAGAUGUAAAGGACACCGAACGCUUGAGACACGAAAUACCAUUCAGUAUGCACCGGGAGUGUUGACGCUGAACGCAGCCGUCAAUAGCGCUGAAGCGAGGCAACUUUGGUCCGUCCCUGGAUGGCUACCGGAGGAAAUAGGGGUUAUUGUAGCCCAAGGCCAAUUCUUUUGCUAUCAGGGCAAAGAUCUUGAAUUUCAAAAGCAAAAAGGAAGAACAAGUGACAAAUUCGAUCUUUCAGUGUACUCUUUGAUUGGCCUCGCGGCUGAUAUCAACAGUGGCCAGCACCAGAAGCCACAUCUUGUAUCUCUUGUCAAUGUGGCACAUUCGCGACCUCAAGCCCCGGGCGAAAGCCAGUGGCAUCUUUUUAAUGAUUUCCUCGUCCGACCAAUCAGUAAGGAGGAGGCAUUAACAUUCAAUACAACUUGGAAAAUGCCCUCUGUAAUCACGUACCAGCUCACGAAAUCGAACAACUAUAUCGAUAACUCUUGGAAGACCAAUUUGGAUACUUCUUUGCUUUACAUAGACCACAAUAAAAAUCCAGGGAAAAGAACCUAUCGCCCACUAACACCCCAAGAAGCCCCUCGGGAGGGCACUAUUAUCGCAUUAGAUACGGAAUUCGUCGCGGUUAGACAGCCGGAAAUAGAAAUGAACUCGGAUGGCGAAAGAGAGACCAUCAGGCCAAUCGUUUACGCCCUUGCCCGUGUAUCUGUUGUCCGUGGAUCCGGUGUUGACGAAGGCCUUCCCUUCGUAGACGACUACAUCAAAAGUAAAGAACCCAUUGUGGAUUAUCUUACAUCCUACUCGGGUAUAGUCCACGGUGAUCUUGAUCCGCGACUCUCGAAGCACAACCUUGUUUCUCUCAAAGUUGCUUACAAGAAACUCUGGAUUCUCCUUAAUCUAGGCUGUAAGUUCUUAGGUCACGGGCUGAAACAGGAUUUCCGCGUAACCAAUAUUCACGUCCCGAAGUCUCAGAUUAUAGACACAAUAGACUUCUUUUUCGUCAAAGCCCGGUUACGGAAGCUGUCGCUGGCUUUCUUAGCCUGGUAUCUGCUCAAGGAGGAUAUUCAACUCGAAACUCACGACUCCAUUGAAGACGCAAGGACAGCUCUUAAGCUCUACCGAAAAUACUUAGAGUUUCAGGACGCCGGAAUUCUGGAAACUAUACUGAUGGAUAUAUACCGGACCGGAAGGGACAUGAACUACAAGCCACCACAGAUGAAAAAAGAUGGCCAUUUGAUUGAGCGUACGGAGACUCCGCCUAUUUCCCAAGACGGACAUCUAGGUCCCGAAAAUGGAAUUGGGAUUGGAGGAAGUGGACCUACAACACCAGUCCGAAGACCUGCUGGCCUGGCGCCUGGUAGUGGUGGCACAUUCGGUAGUGGGUGGACGCCUGGAAAGGGUAGUCUAGGUGGUGGAUUUGGAGGAAGUCCUCUAAGGUAA